UGUUCUUUUUCAUGGGCAACCGGCCAGCAAACUGAGGAAACUCUGGAACGUAUGAACAGAAGCCAGCUUUAACCUAAAACCUUCGGACUCUCGGAGGUCGGGAAGGCAUAUCGAAAUUCGGCAAGAUGGAAAUGGACAUUGAAAACGCUGCUAAAGCCAAAGGCGAAGAAAUAAAGGAGAAGUCUGUUGUGGUGAUAUUGGUGGGUGCCCCAGGUAGCGGCAAGUCCACCUUUUGUGAGCAAGUCAUGCGCUCCUCCACGCGACCCUGGGCUCGCAUUUGCCAGGAUACCAUUGGGAAUGGUAAAUCCGGAACAAAAGCCCAGUGCCUAAAAAGUGCAGCUAGUGCACUUAAGGGUGGAAAAAGUGUAUUUAUUGACCGAUGCAAUCUAGACAGAGAACAGCGGUUGGAAUUUGUGAAGCUCGGUGGUCCCAAUGUAGAUGUGCAUGCUGUUGUACUUGAUCUUCCUGCUAAGCUAUGUAUAUCCCGAUCUGUUAAACGAACCGAGCAUGAAGGAAAAUUACAAGGUGGAAAAGCUGCUGCGGUGGUGAACAGAAUGCUACAAAAGAAAGAAUUGCCUAAACUAAGUGAGGGGUUCACUCGGAUCACACUUUGCCAGAAUGAGAGUGAUGUUCAAGCUUGUCUUAACACAUACAGUGCACUUGGUCCUAUGGACACCGUUCCAAAUGGAUAUUUUGGUCAGAAGAACCCGGAUGCCAAAAUUCAACUUGGUAUAAUGAAGUUCUUAAAGAAAGCAGAGGUUCCUGCCGCUGAGACAAUUUCUGAUGCAAGCAGGAUUCAGAGUUCUUUUUCUCCUCAAGUUCUUCAGGAAAAGAACCCUGGAUAUAAAAGAGCGGAAAAUGUUUCUUCAUUUCCAGUGAAUACCGCUAAGGACUUAAAGGAAUGUGAAGACCUGGCAGUUUGCUCUGCUGGCAGUCAUAUUUUGAAUGAUGCUCCCACUCUGGCAUUUCCAUCUAUUUCAACAUCAGAUUUCCAAUUUGACCUUGAGAAGGCCUCUGAUAUCAUCAUUGAGAAAGUUGAGGAAUUCGUGAAUAAGCUUGGGAAUGUUAGGCUUGUGUUGGUGGACUUGUCUCAUAGAUCAAAGAUUUUGUCUUUGGUCAAGGCAAAAGCUACUGAAAAAAACAUCGACUCCAGUAAGUUCUUCACAUUUGUAGGAGACAUUACACGACUCUGUUCAGAAAGAGGUUUGCACUACAAUGUAAUAGCUAAUGCCGCAAACUGGCGGCUGAAGCCUGGAGGUGGAGGUGUGAAUGCUUCAAUUUUCAAUGCUGCUGGCCCAGCCCUUGAGGUUGCUACCAAAGAACAAGCUAAAUCUCUUCACCCGGGGAAGUCUGUGGCUGUUCCUCUUCCUUCAACUUCUCCCUUGUUUACUAGGGAAGGGAUUACCCAUGUCAUACAUGUUCUUGGUCCAAAUAUGAACCCACAAAGACCAAAUUGUCUGAACAAUGACUAUAUUGUAGGCUGCAAAGUUCUCAGAGAUGCCUACACUUCAUUAUUUGAAGAUUUUGCAUCCAUAGUUAAGACCCAAGCAAAGUUGGCUAAGGGAAAAAAUGUGAACCUUGUGACAAACCCUCUAGGGCUACAAGAACACAAUGAGGGUGUAAAUACAAAGCAUUCUCCCAAUAACGAUCAAAAGAGUAAGAGAGAGGAUGUCGAUGACUAUGAUAGAAGCAAAAAGUGCAAAGCAUCUCUGUAUGAAGUUGAAGCCAAUAUCCAUGAUUUUAGAACUGAGAAGGAACACACAAACAAUGACAAGAUUGAUGCAAGCAUGACCAAGGCAUGGGGAUCAUGGGCUCAAGCGCUCUACCAUAUUGCCAUGCAUCCUGAGAAACACAGGGAUGUCGUGCUGGAGAUUUUGGAUGAUGUUGUAAUAUUGCAUGAUCUUUAUCCCAAGGCGAGAAGGCAUCUUUUGGUGUUGACUCGAUAUGAAGGUCUUGAUUGCCUCACAGCUGUGCGUAAAGAACACCUGAAUUUGUUAAGGACAAUGCAUGAUGUGGGUAUGCGUUGGGUUGAGAAGUUCCUGCAAGAAGAUGCAUCGUUGAUUUUUCGCCUUGGAUAUCACUCGGGCCCAUCAAUGCGACAACUGCACCUGCAUGUCAUUAGCCAAGAUUUUGAUUCAAAACAUUUGAAGAAUAAGAAGCACUGGAAUUCAUUUAAUACUGCUUUCUUUUACGAUUCAGUGGAUGUAAUUGAGGACGUCAGCAAUCAUGGUAAAGCAACAUUAAGAGAUGAUGAAAGCCUGUUAUCUACAGAAUUACGUUGUCAUCGAUGCAGAAGUGCGCACCCCAACAUACCUCGGUUAAAAUCACAUAUUAGCAAUUGCCGGGCCCCCUUUCCGCACUCUUUACUUCAAAGUGGCCGUCUGGUGCCACCACCAUAAAUGCAGCCCUUGAUCCUUAGGUGCAUGUAGAUAAUAUAUGAUCAAGUUUUGUUGUAAAUAAUGUAGAAUCACACCCUAAUGAAAUCGAUGUGCAAUAUCAUCAAUUUACUUUACGAUUUUUGGUUGA